AUGAAGGUUAUCAACAUUACGGAAAUUCUUCUGGACCCAUUGGUAAAGGAAGACUCCCUAGCUCGAUUUUCGAAAAAGCAUCACGUGGACAAGGAACGCUCCCUGAUGAGAGUGCUGGUAGUGAGCCUUGUGUAUUACCCGGAGAUGCUGGCAGUGAGCCUUGUGUACUCCUCAGAUUGCCCGAUACUUGACUCGACAGUGGGGUCCCGUAGGCAUUCAUACUUGUCGACCAUUAUUAUCCUCUUGCAGAACGAUGUUGGUGGGUUGAAUGCACGUGACCAAGAGCAGUGGAUACUUGUUACGCCUAUAAAAGGUGCAUUAAUUGUUAAUGUAGAGGAUACUUUGCAGAUCCUCAGCAAUGGCAACUAUUAA